AUGGAUCGCUUCCCGAGCCCGACAGCGACCGGCCCACAAACAACACCGUCCACCCCGUCCGAUGUUGCAGUCGCCCGGGCUUCGCAGCCGCCUGAAGGGAGUACUUUAAAGCCAGAACAGGAGCCGGAUUCUCAACAAGACUCGGCCUGUGCGAUUUGCAUCCGAAUCUCCCACACCGUCAAGGCAGUCAUUCCAGAUACGAAGCUGUGGUCACUCGAGACGCUCUCUGGGCUUUUUCACGAGAAAUGCCAAGAAUGCGACGACGCCCGCAGCUCUGAGGAUGAGUUACUGUGUGUAGAGUGCAGACACCUCCGCCUGAGACAUUUGUCUCUGCAUGUUUCCUCUGACGAUUGGCAUGGCCCAAUCAGCCUACACGCCGCGCAGGCUGCCCGCCGGCAGCUUUGUCCUCUCUGCCAAAGUCUAGACGCAGCCAGACGCUUCGAGCUAGAGCAGCAGCGGCGAGGACAGUCAAAUCGCGUGUCGCACGGCGACUGUGAUGGCUUUCUCCUCGCCGCCCUUCCCACUUGUGCCGACGGCCUCAUCCAGCUAUCUUUUCAGAGCUACUUCAAGAACGGGCACGGCCUUGUCGACUUGGAAAUCGAUCUUAUCCUCAACGUUCAUGAUGUUGGGUCCGCUUCCUCCCUGGCCGGAAUCGAGGAGCCGGCGCAAGGGUGUGGUGGCCGGACACUAUCAAGUUGCCCCUCAGCUUUACACCCGUCCUUGAUUUCAUGCUGGGAUCUCAUCCAGGCAUGGCUUGUCGACUGCUCCUCCAUGCAUCAGUGCCAGCCUAACCUGGGCAUUCCGCUUCCGGUCCAUCUCCGCUUGUAUGAUGUCGAACAACAACGCGUCGUGUGCGCUGCAACUCUGGGUAGCCACGUGCCCGAGUACGUAUGUUUGAGCUACGUAUGGGGUAAGGAUGAACGCCAUUCCUGGAAUAGCCUCAAGAGAGCAAACAUGGGGCAGUUCAUGGAUGACCUAUCUCCCGAGAUGCUGCCGGCCACGUUGCAGGAUGCUGUCACCGCGUGUCGGCAUCUCAAUGAGAGAUACCUGUGGGUAGACUGGCUAUGCAUUGUGCAGGACGAUGCCGACGACCAAGCCUCCCAGAUCCAUGGAAUGGGUUCCAUCUUCUCGAGAGCAAAAUUGGUCCUGGUGGAUGCGUCGGGCGACAACAUGAACUACGGUCUGUCUGGCCUCAGUCGGCCACGGUCAAGUCAAUUUGGACAUCGUAUAGAGGGCUUGCAGGUUAAUCCAAAUCUGCCAGGUAUUCGUUGGGCGAUGGAAACAGGGCCUCACGCUCAACGUGCAUGGACGUAUCAGGAGCUGGUACUCGCAACACGCAUUCUUGUAUUUGCUGAUACGCAAAUCUAUCUCAGGUGCCCGUCCGAAAGCAAAGACGAGCAAUCACUGGUGUAUGGAAAAAAGAAGCGGUCGCUCGUAUGGGGCAUAGACGAGCAAUCAAUCGUGCAUGACACCCCCAGACCAGGAACCCUGACUGUAGCACCCGAUAAUCUGACUUCUCGAGCGACUGCAUCGUCCGCGGUCGAACAAGCAGAGCACAAACGACGCAGGCUAUAUAGUGAUCAUCUCACCAACUAUAGUCACCGGGAGUUGAGUCAUCAAUUUGAUAAGAUCAAUGCGUUAACCGGCGUUCUCAAUACUUUCUACCCCGAAGGUACUCACUUUGGCUUGCCACUUCCCUCAUUCGAUAUGGCCCUACUAUGGAUACAUGAACCGAAGGACCAAUCGGGUUGCCUGGAACAUCAGGCAGAUAGUGCGGCAGACAUGCAGCAGUCGAACGUGGUCUUUCCGUCAUGGUCUUGGGCUUCGACACUCAAUGGGACAGUACGAAUGGCGACUGGCGCGUCAAUGUUUCAGGGAAGCCUUGUCGUGUGGUUCAAGAAAGUGAAUAGUCAUGAUUUCUUGACAACAACACUUGAACCGAUCAGACCACUGGAUGUCAGUCUUUGGUGGGAAAUACAGGCCUCGGCUGUAAAUGCUCGCCUAUCGUGCGCAAAUGCAUUACUGCUUGGGCUAAUCGAGUCGCCCGCGACGAAGCAAACAAAAGCCUGGGAGGGCCAUCCUUGGGGUCAACUCGAUGCUUUGUGUCGAGCGAAAUGGAAAGACUACGCAGAGUUCUGGGAUGACGUAUUUGGUCCCCUCUGUAACGGGACCAGCAUCGCAUUGGGCAAUGUACAGGCUGCUGGCCUUGGGGAUGGCGUGUUGAUAGCCAGAGCUCAGUGCGCCCUGCUGCAUGUUGAUAUUAAACACUGGAAACACGGUUCCUCCAGAGGUGGCGUCGAGCAGAAAGCGUACAUCGUGGACAACAACGGGUUGCAGGUUGGCCAUGGAGAGUCGCAUGGAGUGUGGCCCUUGUUACCGCACCUCAAGGAGGGAUUCGGUACGUUUACCUUCAUAGCUCUAUCCAUAUCGGCACAAUGGGUAGUUAGCAGUGAGACAGCCAGUGGCGACCACACGGGGUCCGCGGUUCGUUCUGUUGUUAACACGAUGAUUGCCAUCAAAAAGGACCAUUUGUUUCACCGAUUAGGGCUCGCGCAGGUGGCCGUGGACAAGUGGGCUGAAUUGAAAGCCCCCUUCGAAACGAUCUAUUUGGCCUAG